UACGAUGUGAAUCCCAGCCUUCAGCAAACAGAUACGUGUUCUUCCCGUUUGGGAAAACCCCCUUUAUGAUCACUAUCAAAGGAAAUCUUACCUAUAAAAAACAGCAUAUACAGACUAACCAGCACAAUUCAAAAUUGAGUUUCCAGCUGACAAGAUGCAACUGCUGCCAAUACUUGUGCUUCUGGCGCUGGUCAUCUGUGCCGCCUGCAAGAACCACGACAAAUGGGGAGGACAUCGACCAAGCGAUUACGAUCCCAGGCCAUAUUCAAGGCAGUUCUCAAACAAUGGAGAGCUCUACCAAAUGCCGAGAUAUUUUAUAAACAAUAAAAAAUGUCUUCGAGUCAAUACUGAAAAACCUCUGGAAACAUUUUAUGUCUUAAAACUUUUAAAAGUCGUUUAAAAGUCUUUGCCACGGAUGUAUACUUAUGUAUUACCAAAAUUUAAAAAUAAAGAUAAAAUCGUUUUAAACAAUUUAACAUUUUUGAUAUAUAUAAAUUUCGGCUUGCC